AUGGAAAAUGAAGAUUUUGAACGUAUCAGAGUGAUUGGAAAAGGAAGUUAUGGUGAAGUGUGGCUGGCAAAACAUAAAAAAGACAAAAAGCAGGUACAUGUAUUUUAAUUGUUUCAGUAUAUGUUAUAUACCGGUAUAUAAAAGUGAAAAUUUAUGGGUUUUUUCCACAUACAUUUCUACAUGGAUUGAUGGAUCUUGAUUGAACUUAACACACAUAGCCUUUCUUAUCCAGAAUGAAAUACUGGGAGCUUUGAAUUUUAAAAAAUGUAUAAAAAAAUGUCCUGUGUUUGCUCAAAUUUAGUUUUUCCUGCUACGAGCUACAUAAAUAAAAUUCCAAACAAAGGCUACUGUGUGGAUGGAUGGAUCUCUACCAAACUUUGUACAUAUAUACUUAAUUAUCCAGAUUAAAAUACUGGUAGUUUCUGAACUAGUUGUUUCUGGGCACUUUUAUUACAUAGUCCUGACUACCUACCCUGUGUAUUGUAUUAAAUUGUCUUGGCUACUUACCAAAUAGUAUUUCAUCCCAUUUACCUAAUAUUUUCUUUCUUUUUUAAAAAAUAAUAUGUAACAUUUUUUUUUAAAGUAGAAUAUUUGUUAAAAUUAAUUUAUAUUUCUAUUUUUCAGUAUGUUCUGAAAAAGAUAAAUUUAGGAAAAGCUUCCAAAAGGGAGCGGAAAUCAGCGGAGCAGGAAGCUAAAUUGCUAUCAAAGCUCAAACACCCAAAUAUUGUUGCCUAUAAAGAUUCAUUUGAAACAGAUAAUGGAUUCCUUUAUAUUGCUAUGCAAUAUUGUGAAGGUGGUGACCUAUAUGCAAGAUUAAAAGAACAAAAGUCUGUCCCCCUUGAAGAAAGACAAGUGGUUGAAUGGUUUGUUCAAAUUGCUAUGGCUCUCCAGGUAAUUCUGCAUCAUACUAACUUUAUUGCCUGUUAAGGAUUUUCCUUUAAAUAAAUAUUUUUAAAUUAUGAUAGUCCUUCAUAGCAGAUUAGUUAAAAUUUUUGUACAUGUUCCAUCCCUUCACACUCGCUGGUUUUAGUUUAUGCAUUAAGACUAAUUGAGACAAGUGUCAGUUCACAUUGUUAAAAUACUUUGGUUGAAUUCUCUUUGAUUUUUCACAUUUUUCUUUUCUCAUUCUCUGACACUAAUAAACACAAACUCUUUAAACUUGUGCGUAAUUUUAAGGAAUAUUGAAAUUAUUUAAUUGCAGUGGUUCUUCAUUAUGAAAUUAAUGACUGAUAUUUUCUUCCAGUAUAUGCAUGAACGCAACAUUUUACACCGUGACCUGAAAACCCAAAACAUUUUUUUAACAAAGAGUAAAAUUAUUAAAGUAGGAGAUCUGGGAAUUGCAAGGUAUGUGAAAUGGAUAUGAAUAUAUUGUAUUAUAGAAAAAUCUAUUUUAUAUUUCAAGGGUGGAUAGCUUGGUUACCUGCAUAAAAAAUGUAAAAAGUGUAUCUGUGCUGGGAAAAAAAAUCCAUCUCAGUGAGGUAAGCUUUUUAAACAUAAAUACAGCACUAAAAUAUUGACAAAAAGAUUUUAAAAUAGAGCUGUGAAUUUUAAAAUCUCAUUGCACAAUAGUUGUAGGAAAUAUUGAAGGCUUCACAGCGAAAGAUAAGGUAACCACUGUUCUCGAUCUAAUUUUUUUUUUUAAUUGGGUGAUUCAACAUUUGAACUUAUAAUAAAAUGCAUUAACAUUUGUAUCUAACCCAAUUCUUAAUAUUUUUUUUUUUGCCAUGGAAAAACCUGAAAAGUGCGACAUUUUGACAUUUUUGUCAACUUAAAAUAUGGAUGGCCUGUAAUUGAUGCUUAGAUACUUGGUAUAUUUUAUUGUUUCCCCCUAAUUUCUUAUUUUGUUCCUAUUGGUCCACUGAGGAAGGUUUUCUGUUAUUUUUUCGAUGUAAUAUAAAUUUAUAGAUUUGAGAUAUAGAAAUAAAAAGUGUAAAAUGGCAUAUCAAUAAUGCCACACACACAAUAUAUAAAUGCUUUCAUUUGCUAAUCACUUUUAUUUGUUUCAGAGUUCUAGAAAGUGCAGGAGAUAUGGCUACCACAUUAAUAGGGACUCCUUAUUAUAUGAGCCCAGAACUCUUUUCAAACAAGCCGUAUAAUCAUAAGGUAAGUUGUUUUUCUACACAGAUUUCAGAGAAGGAUUUAAUUAUAAUAUUGAUGUUAAAAAUGUCUCUUGUCUUUGGCAGAAUUAUAGUCAAAAUGAAUAAUUUCAACUGUUUGAGGGUCUUGAAAAAUAAUCAAAAUUCUGUUUUGAAACUAGUAACUUGUUCUUGAUUUUUACAAAAAUGACAAAUUAUUUUGAAUAAUAAUAACAUUUUAAGAAAUUUUUUAAAUUAUCGCAUUGUUUGUUAGGUAUGUGUUAAUUUUUUUUUAAAUCUGAUGGACCUUACAUCUCUAGCCUACCUUUGCUGCACUGGGCCGAUUUUCCCAAACACUUUUCAUUUUUAAAAACCAUGCAAUGUUUUUAAUGAGUUUCUGAGCUGCAACAUUUUCUGAAAUAUUGCAACAUAUUUGAAUUACACCAUAUUUUGAGCCAGGAUGUGACCACAUAAUAAUAAAAGAUGCAUGGUUCAUAACAUUGAUUCUGUCAGAGUUCCAUCUAAGCUUUUCAUUUUCUUUAAGAUUUCUUAAGGAAGAAGACUGGUGUGUACACAUUGUUACACAACAAUUAUUUGAAACCUGGACUUUGUUAACGAAUUCUUUUACACCCAAUUUUCAGGGAAAAAAUUGGGGUGGGGCUUAAAAAUUUACAGAGAAAUAUGGGGAGGACUGCGUUUAGGUUGAAGCAAUAAGCAAUAUACAAUGAGGAGAGGAAAACCUGAAGAAGGACAUUAACAGAAAGUGAAUAUUUGGGCCAAAAAAGCCUUCCAGCAAAAACAGUUCAAGACAGACACAAAAACUCUUAGCUUGUUGUUUAGAUUAUGUAGUCUACAGGAAAUGGUAUACAUAUCUAUGGAGUCACCCAUGAAAUAAAAGAAUUUGCGUAUGAGAUUAACAGGAAAUCUAAAAUAUUUGAAAUAAAUUAAUUCAAUAAGAUGGAAAUCAAAGAUUGCUAUAAAACAAUGAGGACUGCAUAGAUAGGGUUAGCAAGGAUGUUGGAUAUGAGGCAAAUAUUAGGGAAAGAACACAAAAGACUAAUGGGCUCUUUCUUUACCUACCCUCAAAAUCUCAAAUAUAGCAAAUAUAAAGGUCAUAAAGAAGAAAGGAAAGGAAUGUCACUGUAAUAAGAAUAAGUCAUAUAAUGUAAAGGGGGUGGAGAGAGAUAGAGUGUAUAUGUCAGCAAGUAAAAGAGAUAAUGACAUACAUACCGUGUGGUGUCAGGUGUUUUUGCGCCCUCUCCUAUUUUUUAAAAUAUUUUUUUAGGUAGGAUAUUUGUAUAUAUAUAUAUAUAUUACGUAAAUUUAAUUUAUACUUAUUUAAAUCUUUUGUUAUUGUACUGAUGAAGGCAUGUGCCGAAAGGUUUACUUGUGUAUUAUGUAUCAUUAUUAUUAAAGCUUAAAUUAUAUUGUUAUAUUGACACAAAUUGUUGGUGUCUAAUUAAUCUUUUAUUAUAAAAGAACCCUUAGGAAGUCAAUUUGUUUAGUUUGAAUAGUGUAAGGCCAGGUCUUACAGAAGCUAUGACCACAUGUCUUAGUUCCAAAAUGGGAAGAGUUGAUUCAAAGGUGACUACGACAUAGAAGAUCACAUCAAUUCUUAUCGCGCCUAAAUACCACAUGAGGGUGGGGUGAUGGGUGUUGUGGGAAAAUGUGGUAUGCACCAUGGUCAGCUGGAAGAGUAUCUUGAUUUUUCAGAAAUAUAUGUUAACAUGAGGACACAUUUGGUUCUGUCCACAUUAUUACAAAAAGUCACAGUAGCCUAAAGUGAAAAAAAAUAUAAUUGAGUGAUUUUAGAAAUAUUUACCUGUAUGUUAAUAUGUUAAAGGAAAAACAAUGAAAAAAGUGAAACAGUAUGUCGGCAAACCAAAAGAAAUAAUUAAAAAAUCACCUACAAGUUAUUGACAGAUGUUUAAGGAUUAUGGCAUCAUGAAUGUAGCCUUAUAGUCGUCAUAUGGUCAAAAUAUAAAAUUUUUAAAAACUGUACAUUUAUUUCAGUCUGAUGUUUGGGCUUUGGGUUGCUGUGUAUAUGAAAUGACAACAUUAAAACAUGCUUUUAAUGCCAAAGACAUGAAUUCACUGGUCUAUAAAAUCCUGAAGGGCAGGGUAAGUCUUAUGCUGGGUUUUGUGAAUUUCCGAUAUCAGAACUGUGUAUUGGUUUCUGACAAGAUUAUUGCUAUGUUUUUAACAUGUUUUUAUGCCCUGGGUGCAGUUUUUUCACACCGGGUCUGGGGUAUUUUGAGAAAAUACCCAGUGGGUCCAAGUGUUGCACACAAAAAAGAGUUAACUUCUCAUUUUUUUUAUAAACAAUAGGCCUACAGACAGUGCUACACCCUACCUGGGGAACUUAAAACAAUAGUCCUACAGACAGUCUUCAGACAGUCCUACACAAUAAUUGUGGCUCUUUAUUGAUUAGUAUCAUAGAAAGAAAAAAAAUUCAACCUUUUUAUCUGAGUUCAGCCAUCAUGUCUGUUGCCUGCUGCAUGACAGCUUUUUUUCCCCACUCAGUACUAUUAAUAUAAGACAUGUUGAGUGAAAAAAAAAAGGGGGGGGGGGGGGGUUGUGAAAAGGAAGCAGUACACACCAGAAACAAAAUAUAUAUAAAAGAGAUUAAAUUUGACCUAAAGUCUGUUAUAGUCAGUAAAGGCAGCAGCAAAAGGUCUAAUAAGACAUAGUACAUGUAUAAAAAAAUUUAUAGAAAGACUUAACUAUGAUUUAUUGCUUGAUUUUUUUUUUCCUGUUUUAAUUGUUAUCCCUGAUUCUCAAUGUUUAUUUUUACUUUUUUUCAACGUCACAUAUUUAUUUUGUUAGAGUUUCCUCUUCUUUAAUAUUGAGCGGUAAAAUCAUUUUAACUUCCACAGAUGCCCCAAAUGCCACUUCAGUAUAGCAGUGAGCUAUUAGUUCUCAUGAAGAGCAUGUUACAUCAAGAUCCAGAUAAGAGACCCAGUGUGAAUAGAAUUUUGCGUGAUCCUUACAUCAAGAUGAACAUAGCUAUCUUUCUUGAGGAUACAAAAAAAAGGUUGGUUUUUUUUUUACAAUGACUAUAAGUAACUAGUACUUGCUAAUAUACUGUAGUAUCCCAGCUAAUCCCUUUAAUUGACCCUGGGUAAUGACACAGCCUUGUGCUUCAUCUGCUGAGUACUAACAUACAAAAACUUCAUAAAUGGGGACUCACUCCCCUUCUUCCCCCCCCCCCCCCCCCCCAAAAAAAAGCAGGUUAUUGGAGCAGUAAAUGGAAAACCAUUUCAGGCACCUAAAAACUGACAGCAGGUCAGAUCUCUUUGCAGAUUCACUAUGUUAAAGUAACUAUGAGUUGGGCAAUAGUCUGUCCUUACCUGACCUAUUCCACAAAGUCUACUGUUGGUGAUGUCUACAAUCUACAGGAUGGCACUAACCAUCUUUGAAUAUAAUGAAUCCUUGCCUUCUGUCUCAAGACCCAAAAAAGUUUGAAAAAUUCUGUAUGAUUGGGGAUUAGAUCGUACAAACUGCGGUGUACCUGCUGCAUGGUGCCUCAUAAAUUGCUUCAAGCUCUGCUUUAAAGUUUGUUCCAGUGGCCAUGCUAGGUUUUAAUAUCUUCUCAGUGGUCCCUUCCCCCACAAACCAGCCCCCUUUUCCGUGGUGUAGAGUGUUAUUGUCCUGUACCCUGUCCUUUUUCUUGUUGUUGCUGAACCACCUGUGAAGACAAAAGCAUCAAUCAUCUCCAAGACAGCAGCUCUCUACGUAAGAGGGCUGGAUUUUCAGACUGCCACUUUUAUCACCGACAAGAUAUAACUCAGGAAAGGUGAAGCUCUCUUACGGCUUUCUCUCCGGGACCUACCAUUAUAUAAUCACUGUUUUUGUGGUUAGGUGGUGCUGACCAUAACUGAAGUUCGCUGAUUGCAUCCAUAAAGAAGGAUCCUCUUUAUCCAUUAGUCUUGUAAUUAGAAACAACGUUCUGAUCUUUUGGACCAUUUGACAGCAUUCCAGUAGAGUCUGUAUUUAUGUUAGCAAAAUGUGUUUGCUCCAUUCUCUAUAAGAAUGUGAACUAAACAAAGCAGAAAAUUAAAUUUAUUGUCAUUAUCAAAAAUAUUUAACUUUUUUUCAUUCCAUUGUAAUUAAGAAAAAUAUUGUCUCUUCACAUUUACAGCUCCCUCUCUUUAUUUAAAAUAAACUUCAUGAAAAUUUACGCUAGUAUGAAUUGCACACGUGAGAUCCAUACACUUUAACACACAUUUUACUCAUAUAUUCUCAACAUAAUACAUUCAUAAUUUUUUGUGACUGACUGACAGUGAACAGCAAGUAAAAUGUGGAUAAAACAUAUUUGAAAGAAAGUUAGAGUCUGGUCACCUUGUUCCAAUAUGAGCUCCUUUAAAUUUAAUAAAAUUAAGUGCGUAAGAAAAAAUAGGAUGCUAUUUUAUUAUCAUUUGAACAGAUAAAUAACUUUAAGAAUUUUUACCUUUAAAACAUGCAGUAGUAGGAGAGUGUCGUCCAGCAGUCUGUCCAGUGUAUCAUCCAGGAAAACUUCAAAUCCAUCUGCUAUUCUUAAUGUGGCUUCUUCGAAUGAGUCAAAUCAAGCAUCAUCUCAUGCCUUGGCAGAAGAGAACAGUAGGGUAUGUGAUCUGUACUAAUUCAUAUUUAACUAGUACAUACCCUGUGCCAUUAAGGAGAUAUUUAUUUUAUGUUAUCUUCCAAGUUUUUAUAUUAUUUAAGACUUUGGAAAGAUGUAAAUUGUAACAAUCCAGUAACUUUUUAAUUUCACCUCUUACUGCAGACCUGUUUACCCUCAAACUCUUGAUAUCGUACAAUAUCAUCAUAAAAUCAUUCAAUACAUUAUCUUAAUAGUAAAAAAAAUAAACAUACAGUAUAUUAAAUGUAUACACCUCAAAAACGUACAUUUUACUCCAAAAUCGUAAGAGUAAACAGGUCUGUUACUGUGUUUCUGUCACAUUUAACCAUGUUCAAGUCAUGCCUUACCAUGUAUAAGUCAUGCCUUAUAAUUUUCAUGUUAAACAUAAUCUAAGCUUAACUUUUAUGAGUUAAUGAUGUACUUUUAUAAGUUAAUAAUGUGUCACUCUGUCAAUUAAUACUUAUACUUUACCUUUGAUUAAUUGGCAUAUCAUGGAAUAAUUCAAAACAGGUUGAGAAAGAAAAUAGGUUUUAAAAAAAUUUAAGUAGAAACAUUUCUUUUUCUUUGUAGCUGCAAGCGGAAAAUCCUUCAAAACUUUUGAAAUCAAUGGUUAAAGUACCAGCAGGCGAUAGAGAAACAAAUAAAGAUGUUGUCCAAACCUCUGGACAAGGAUCUCAGGCUUGCAAUGAUUCAUUGGUUAGUAAGAGUUCAUCUUAAUAUUAAUUUUUCAUAUACCUCAGAAAAUAAAUGCACCAUUUAAAUUUAACAAACAAAUCAGUUAACAAACAAGUUUUCUAAAAAAUGUUUGUCUUGUGAAAGAACCAUUAUGAACAUAUGCAUGGGCCAGUACUCCACAAUCCAGUAGUCUGAAUGCUGUGUUAAAAGCACUACUUUUUGUUAUUUUUUAACUUUUUGUGUCAGUUUAACACACUUUAAAGGAGAAAAACAUUAUUAAUAUGAAUUGUGGUAGUGUGGAAGUAAAGAAAUAAAGAUUAAAACAUGAAAAUGGCCUGUGUGUUUCCAAUGUCGCCAAGAAAUACAUUUUGGUGACUGGGUGGCCGAAUGGUCUAAAUUGAGCAAACCUCAAGUUGGUGGUCUUGAGUUCAAUUCCAGCCAAAGGCCAGUCAAGCAAAAACCGCGGGUGGAUGAGACUCGUUAACCUUGGUCGGCAACUCGUCUAAGAGAAGGAAACUCUGAAUUCAAACCCGAAGUUGGAGUCCCGUAAGGCGCAUACAAUGACAUUCCUGCAACCGUACCCAUCCCUGGUUGUCUUGACGUAGAGUCUUGCCACUGGAUAUGGUGGGCCCGGAAGAGAGAGUGAGGUUGACGCCGCGCAACUCUUCCUCACUUUAAACAAAAGUCACCCGCGCAAGUCAUCGGUCACCAGAUGACUUGAUGGUCCUUGUAGAUCCUCGACGGAUAAACAACAUGGUGAAAUCCAGGAUCUGUUCAAUUCUAAUGAACAUAUGGGCAAUAAAGGCGGCUCAUGUGGCCUAAGGAGUGACUGUUAACAAAGAGGGCUUGAGGAAGUCAAAAAACUGAUGCUAGUUUGGAUAACUGAAAAGCAGCUGGUUUGAAAUAGUGUUGGCUAGAAAAAAAUAUAUAUAUUUUUCAUUAAAGAAAAACACUCAAAAAAUGUCAAAACACAAUAUUUCUAAGGCUGAACCAGAUUAAUUGAAUGUACAUUGAUUUCAAUGGGGAAAAUUAUUUCAGUUAGCAAAUAUUUCUGUUUUCACAAUAAAGGAGAACUGGUUAAGGUUCUUCUAUUAUCUGUCAGGCAUUUGAAUAAUGUGAUUAAGAUGCUCAAGACAAGGUUACAUAAUACAAAUGAUUAUUUACUCUAAGCUUGAACUCAUCUCACAAGUUAUGCUUCUGUCUAGGCUCUGUCUGUGUAACUCUGUUUUCCUAGAGAUCUGACUUCACAAAAAGGAUGCUUUCUCUGUAAUUUAUUUCCACAAGUCACAUUACAUCUUUCUGUCAUGGGCCCUGGUCUGCCUCAUAAAUCUUUGCUCUUACUGUAUACAUCCAAUUUUGUUUUCUCACACUAAACCCUCCACUAAUCAGAUUCACUCAAAUUUGAGCUGAAAUCACCCACCCACAUAAUUAUCAGACCUCACAUUCUCUAAUUAAUUAGUUAAACAGAUCUUACAACAACAAAAUGUUAAUAGUCUUGGCCUAAAAAAUCUCAGCUGCUCUAAUACCAUGACAUGAAUUGUUUGAUAUUUUUCAGAAAAAGCUUUCCCAGAAAGAUGGAGCUUUACGGAAAAAAAAUUUCUUGAAAAAUCAUGCCAAAAAAAACGAAACAAAAGAUCAAGAAAUCAGAGAGACUGAACGGGAAUGCUCAAAAAAUGUUUUAGGAAAACCACCACCAUUCAAACAGUCACCUGAAACUCAUAAAACUGUUAUGGAGAUCCAGGUAUUAAAUAUAAUCGUUCUGUAUCUGUCGUCUUUUGUAUUGGUUGUCUGUUUUAUAAUUCAUUUAAGCAAAUAAAACAAAUUUUAGAUCAUUCAUAAAUGGAAACAGAUAUAUGGCAUCUUUUAAAUGAAAAUAGCUUGUUAUAAGUCUAAUUUUUGGGGUCAAAUUUUGAGUUGUUUUUGUCACUCUGGUCAGUAGCAAUUUUUUUUUAAUGGACAGAUUUCCAAAUUUGAUUGCCAUUUAGAUGUACCGGGUAAUUAUACAUUAUUGUUACAAAUGUAUUAAGGAUAUUUUAUUAACAUUAAAAACAGAUGCAAUUACAAUAAUGUAUAUUUUAAUAAUAUACUUUUAUAAACUACUUAAAUACUUUUAUCCCAAAUUGUUCUUUUAUUAAAAGAUUGAUGAAAAGCCUCGGCCGCUUCCUGUACCCCGAGCAGCAGAAAGUUCAGGUCUCCCUCAACUCCAUAAUAGUAGUAAUAAUAAUUAUACAGAAAGCCAAAAAGAUUCACCGCAUUCAUCCAUAAAUUCAAGUAUCUCCAGCUCCAAAGAAGACAACAGUAAUCAUUUGGAUACAGAAAUACCAAAGGUAACUUACAGGUUUUACUCAAGCUAAUUACUUCCAAAUAAGAUGAUAAAUACUGGUAGGGGAGAUUUGUUUUAAUUUUAUUUUUCCAUGUAAUUUUUAUUAAUAUUUAAUGAUAAUUAUCAACUUAAAUUUUCUAAAAGAGAAGAUAAUAUUAUUUUUACAUCUUAACAUAUACAACUCAGUGUCUUUGUAACACUUUUAGCUAAAGGACUUAAUUUAGUGUGUCAAAAUUUGGAAAUGAGAAAAAACCUCUUUCAAAAAUGAAAGAAUUAAAGCAAUGUUAAAUAAACGGUUUUGGAAAAUUCACUCUGUCAAAUGGCUGUUCCAUAAUUUUAGAAAUAAUACAUAAUUUUGUCAAUUUUAAAAUGUACAAACAGUUAGGCAUUACUUCGGAUUACAAUAUUACUUCUGAAGAAAUGUAAAUAACAGAUUUUGGAAUAUGAUAAAACUACUGGGCUGUAAAUACAUAAGCUAUUCUUUUUUUUUUUGUGAUAGAUGUCUAGUGAAAGUGUGAAAAAUUAUGUUUCUUAUGAAUAUAUAUACAUAUCAAGCAAUUUAAGUCUUGACAGCUUAGGAGAAAGCUAAUAUCAUUUAUCAUUUGGUGUAAACAAUGACUAUGUCACAUAAAGAAAAAAAUGUAUGUGGGGGGUAUGAGCUUUGGACAAGCCAAUUUGACAAAAAUUUGAUGAAUUUUCCCCAUACUAUUUUGUAUUUUACACAUUAGCUUACUCUGUGUAUUAAUACUAAAACUUCAAUUUACAGAGUCUUAUAAAUCAGUCUGCUAGACAAAGAAGGCGCCAGCAGAAGAAUGACACUGCAGGCUGUAAGUAGGAUUAGGGCUACAAUAGCAGAGAAUGCAGACAUAAAAUACAUAUCUUUGAAAUGGGAAUUAGUGUUGCUAUUUUGCUUUACUCAAAGUCAAAAUGAACUGAUAAUUUGUUGUUUGAGACAAACAAUCAAGUGGACAUAGUUAAUGUGUUGUUUGAGACAAACAAUCAAGUGGACAUAGAUAAUGUGUUGUUUGAGACAAACAAUCAAGUGGACAUAGAAUCUCAUGAAAGUUGUAAAGAAUUUGGUAGUCUAAAUAGUUCUGAAAUUGUUUGAAUUUUGAAUUCCCAUAAUUAAAAGGUUGUUGUAAGUAUUUCUGAUCUAAAAUCCGUUUACCCGGUAUACAAAUUUUGACUCAUCCAAUGAAAGUCCAUAAAGUUGCAGAUCCCCACUGCAGAAAGUGACAUUUACUGAUGAUUGAAAAAUCUCUGCCCUAUGAUGGAUGUAUGUGCUGAUGCAUUUAUCUGUGGCUCCAGUGUUUCUUUCAAUUUGAUCAGUGGUUGGGGGGGGGGGGAUCAUCUGUUUUAUUUAUAUAAAGAAGAUUAGGUAUCAUAUAAUUGCUACAACUCUGUCAACGGGCAAGCCCAAUUAUUUUUUUAAUGCAGGAUAUUUUUCAAAUUUAUUAAGAAAAAGAAUAUCUCCAUGCCAUUUUUAAAACUACAUGAGUGGAAAGUACAUAUCCUGUCAGAUGAUUUAAUCGAAUGUUUUAAAGUUCAUUUUGAAGGUAUUACGUUUUUUUAGUGUCCCCUGUAAAUUUAGAAAAUCUAUUAGUUUUGAGUGUUACAUCAAUGAUACAUUUAUUAAUUUGUGAUUUAUCUGUGAGAAGUUGCAUUAAAAGACACAAGCAGUUUAGGUAUGCUACUAGAGUAAAAUAUUCCAGUAGCAGUAUUCUGAAAUCCCAUUGUUGUAAACACUGUUAAAAUGUUUUGAACAAAUCUCCCCACUCUAACUCACACUUAACUACAACAACAAAUAAAUUUUAAAGUGAUCAAAUUUCCAUUUGAGCAAACAUCCAUUCGACUUAAUUUCCAUCAAAUCAAAUUUCUGUGCGACCGUAGUUCCGUUCCACCAAAUUUCUUUUAUACAUAUUUCCAGAUGUGCUUUAUACUAUAUUUUUAAAGUAUAAUAACAUUAAACAAUUAAUAAUUAACACCCUAAAACAGUUCAAAAGUUUAUCUGAAUUUAUGAAGCAAUAGACUGGAAAUCUUUUGAAGUGUCUAUUGCUUCAUAAAAUCAGAUCAACUUUUGAAAUGGUUAAGGGUGUUAAUUAUUAAUGUUUGAAAUAAACUUCUUGAAACUAAUUUCAAACAUUGGAAAUCUAUUUGAACCAUGUUUGAGUUUAGCUUCAAGACAUUUUCAAAUAUUCAGCAUCUAAUGCUGUUAGUACUGUUACGACUGAUUUGCCUUAACUAUUUGGAUCGUUAAAUAUGUUGACCAUAUACCAAUAUUUCAUUGGUUUCACUAUUUCAUUAAUUUCAAUCAGUGAAGGUAUCCUAUACUAAUCUUUUUAAAAAUGUUAUAUUAAUAGAGUUUUUAAAAUCUACUUUUGCUUUAUUGUUGUACCCAUUUUUCUCUAUGAUUGAGGGGAAGGGGGGGGGGGGCAACAGAGGACCUCCAAAAGAAUGCCUGAAAGAAAUACCAUUUAAAGGAUACAACUUUUAAUAAAGAACUGUUUUAAAAGUGCCAUAGAUAACAAUCCAUAAAAUUCAUUGCAUAUUUUUUAUGAAAUACAUUUUGAAAGAUGUUCAAGAACUCUGCACAAUUUUUAAAAUAUUUUUCCAGCUGUUGAGAAUUUAAAUCCUGGGAUGGUUAAACUAAGACGUUUACCACAGAGAACAGAAUCAGAAAAGAUAACUCAUGCUGAGAAGAAAGAUGUAAGCUUCCAUUCGUCUUCAUGUUAGUUCUCAACAAUGUUGAAAAGUCAUUUGUGUAAUUUAUAAAUUUAUAAUGUUGUUUUCAGCCUACAAUGAAAAAUAUAUUCACACGGAUAGUUACUAGCUUUAUAAAUAUUCUUAGAUGCCCAUGAAUGGACAGAAACCGAGUCUUGGUCAUUUCAAACAGCCAUCAUUGCUUGACAGUUCAAGUUCUUCAGAAGAUUCUCAACAAAUAUCUAAAUCAAAAGUGGAGAGCACCAAUGAAAAAGAAAGCAACAGGUAAGUUUUUACUGAAAAACAAAGUCAUGUGUAUUUAUAAUAACAAAAACUAACAUUUUAUGAUAAACACCAAAGCUCAGAAAAAAAAUCUGUUAUAAAAACAAUAGAUUUUCAUUAAAAUAAAUUGUAUUUUCAGUGCAUAAAAUCUAAGUAAUUAAACAAUUUUAAAUGGCUCCAGUAUUGUUAGAGAUGAACAUUAUAUCUAUAAUAUAAAAUGUAAGUAUCAAUGAGUCAAAGGGGAUUGGAAGUGAAAUUAUUGUAUUCACAUUUGUUGCUUCUCUUAAAUUCUAAAUUAAAAAUAAUCUCUUUUUUUUUGUGCAUAAAAAUAAUGUUACCUUUUCCAUUAGUGUGGUACUGAAAUGUUUUAGGGACAUAGGCCUCUUGGCUCAACAAUUAUUUUUUCUGAGCACUUGGUAGUGGUGACCCUCUAUGAUAGAUAAUAAAACAAUAUAAUAUGAAAGAAUAGCAAUUGUGUUUUCCAAAUACACAUUUACAGUUACAGUUUAGCGACCUAAAUAUGUGCUUUAUUUAUUUUACCCAACCCUUUCAUCUUACUCAAAAAAAUCUGUUCCCUAAUGUGAACUGUAUUUGUUUGAAUAUGACUUGGCAUAAAACACCUGGUGAAAACCAAAAUUUGGCAAAGGCUCAGAGAAUCAAAAAUUUUUUUAGAAACCAUUGGUGUUGUUAAUCAUAAAAAUGUUAUAUUUUUUGCAGAUUUUGCAUACAUUUUAAUUGAUGUUUGCAACUUGCUUUUUUCAUGGUAGACAGUUCUUCAAAGAUAAAGAAAUAUUGAUCUUUAUUUAAGGGGUCAUUUUUCCAUGAUAAAUUUUUUUAAUAUAAUUUCUUUCCUUAAUGGCAUAUUUUUUAGGAGAGAGAACAAAGAAUUGAAUAACUUUAUAUCACUCCUUGACACCACCCUUCACAACAAUGCUACCGCUAAUUCUGAUGAGGACCGGGAAGACUUAACACAUGUUAACUCACAAGAAGCUUGCUCUUCUACUUCACCGAAAGAUAAAAUGGAUAAACAUGUCAUUCAUAAAUCAGUUUCCAUGCCCAGUGAGAGUUGUUUCAGCUUUUUUUGCUGGUUUACUUUCUUAGCUCUCUUUCUACAUGCCUUCCCAUUCUGUAAUGUAAAAAUUUAUUAUAAACAUUAUAUUAUUAAUGCACUUCAAACAAAUGAAAUUAUAAUGGAUUAUAAAAUUGUAAUUUAUAUAAGUUAAGUUAUUUUGGUUGUCUAAAAACAUAUAUUUUUCCUGAUUGAAAAACUUAACAAUUCAAUUUAAGUUUAAUUAUUAUCAAACUUUUUAACUAACAUCUUACCUGUUCUAUUUUUCAAUAAAAUAUCAGUGGAGAAGACAAGUUUAUUUUAUGAAUUAUUUAUUCAAUUGUAGGUGUUAAGUAACAAAGAAAUAACUUUCAUUUUAUAAUUUAUGUAUUUAUUUAUAUAUUUUUAGGUGUUGAGACACUAACAAAUACCUCUCGACUGAUGGAUAGAAUAAAAAUCUUACAUAAGUGAGUUUACAUAUGUUAAUCUCAGUUAUCUCAACUGUAUGACUUAAUAUGAAAAAAAAAAUGUUGAUGUUUUUGGGGUAAAGAACAGAUUCUUUGCUUCAACCCUCAUUCGCCAACUAGUGCUUAAGGCAAUAGCCAAGAAAUGCCACUUCUGUCUAUUGUCUGCUUGUAAUGUUUUGCACCAGGUCUCUUUGAGACUCCCUCAGUUUUAUUUCCUUUGGCUAUCUUACUGUCUUGGGAAGUGAGCUUCAGUGCAUUCCACAGUUGUGAGAAAGCCAUCUCUAGUAACAAGCCUGUACAACAACUUCCAUAGUUUUCAAUCCCAAUAGCUUUCUGUUCAAUUAAAUUGUCUUUGGACAGAAUUUUUUUGUGGAUAAUCAAUAGUCAUUUGCUCAUGAAAACUUCCAGCUUCCAUUAUAUUUUGUGCUAGCUUGUUAUUUCUUUUUAAGAAUCUGGUCUUGGUAUGAAAGAUCUGGUUGGUUUAUCACUAGAAUAAUGCUCUGAUUUAUAAAUAUGUUUAAAAAUGGUAUUUUCUCUCAAGUAUUGUAUUUUUGAUCCUUCAUUCUUUUUGCACCGGGGUGUUUCUUAAUGAUUAAGAGUUUUACAUUGUUGGUUCUUGUUUCUAUUUGAUUAUUUUUUUAAUGAGAUUUCUAUUAAAUAAUUAAUGUUUAAAACUUUCCAACAGGGAUUGUAUCCAAGGUGUUGGUUAUGGAGCUCUAAAAAAGGCUUAUGAAAUAUUGGAUAAGAUUGAUGAAGAUGAAGUUGAAGUAAGUUUUUAAAAUAGUCUCAUUCUUAUUUGUUCACUAGUUGAAAACUCUUAACCCACGACCUGUCAUGAUGGUCCAUGAUCAGCUGUAUAUGGCCCCCUCUGUGGCAUCACGGCAGAUAUAAUCAGCUGGUACUGAAAUAAACAUUAAAAAUGCCAAUCACAAGUGUCGUGUUUGUUCAAGGGGGGCAAUGCACUGAACUAGCUUUACUUACUUUAUAUCAAAAACAUAGUAAAAAUCUCAUAUUUCUAUAUGGAUACUAUUUUGAAUUGAGCUAAAAUUAUAGGUGUUUUUAUUGUUAAAAUAAUACUCAUAUGCUGGCCCUUCAAAAUAUAGGCUAAUUUGUUUGAAUUAUUUCUCAAUGAAAGUAAGAAAAACAUUAGGAUUUGGCUUGCAUUACUCACAGUGAAAGUAAUUGUAGAUGAGCUAGCAGUUCAAGAUCUAGAAGUGAAUGUAUUGGAGAUUAUGACUAUUCUAGCACCAUUUAAAGAACUUAUAAAUGUAAUAAGCAAAAAUGAUUCUUUUAGGGCACCAGUGGAACUUUAAAAUUUAUUUCUAAAUAACAAAAUACAAAAGAAUGCUGACUGUCCAAACGCUGGUUAUCCAAAACGCCCCUGUCUUUUUUAAAAUGAUUAUCAUAUCCAAAGUGCAUGACAUGGAGCUUUUGGCAUACGCUGGAAAAAAUGCUGUCUCCUGUCAAACAAUCCAGGAAACAUCUUGAUUUGUACUGCACAUGCAGUGACCAGACUGGGUUAAUGGGAUCAGAAAACUUGGUAAUUAAUAUAAAUCGCAGAUUACAUACCUGCAAAGACAAAGUGACCUUGGAUUUUAUUCUAAGCAACAGUCAUCUGAUUUUUGAUUAGAGAAGAGAGUGAGGGUCCCAGUACAUUACUUUGCCCAGGAGCACCCCGUUUUAAUUAAGACAGCCCCGGACCCACUGUUCACUAUUUGAUUAAUCUUCAGAUACUGUCCCUACAGUUAAUUACCUUAUCUGAUCUCUUUUAUUGCAGUAAUUCAGGGAAUUAUAUAGUUGCAAUAACACUCUUGAAGUCUUAGACAUAAUAUCCUAUACUUAAAAUGACAAAGUACAUAAAAAUGUGAGUUUUAAAUUAAUCUGAAAUGCAUUAAAAUACUUUGACUUUCAAAAACUUGAUAAACUUUUAGAACAAAACAUUUAACUAGAAUUUAUUUUAGAUAAUUGUUUAGCGAAAUAAAAUAUCAGUGCACUGCAAUGUUUUCAAAUUAUUAUUAUUUCUUUUCUUUCUUAUAGCCCAAACUGGUUGAUUUAUUAGGCAAAGAAAAAUUUGAUGACUAUGCUGGGAAAAUCUGGCAGCUGAAAUUCUGUGAAGAAUCUUUGUUUAUGGCAUGAUACUAAUGAUAUAAAUGAAAAUUGUACCUCUUUUAUUUGUAAAUACUUUAUAUACUUAUUUAUAUACUUAUUAAGAAGAUGAUGUCAAUAGUUUGUUUAUAUUUUAUGUAGGUUUUUUUUAAUAGUGUCCUCUAAGAAAUAAUAGUAUUGAUUCCUUAUGUUGUUUUAAUGUGGACAUUAAAGGUGAUAAUUUUAAGCCCUUGUUUAAGCAAAGAACUAUUUCACGAAUAAACCAAUGAAAUAAAUGUUUUUUUAACAAAAAAA